UUGUAUAUCGACAGUGCAAGCAUAUGGCACUAAAAUACAUUCUUGUGCAUUUCUAUACAUGUAGAACCACCGGCCUUGGGUGAGCACCACCAAUGUGUGCUGUGCUACCUCACAUCAGUCACCAAUUAAGAAAAUGCCCUAGGUUUCCCUACAGGACAGUCUCCAGGAGACUUUUUCUCAGUUAUGCUUCUCUCUUCUCAAAUGACCCUAGCUAGUGCCACGUUGACAGGAGAAGUAUCCAGCCCAGUGCAUCUUGGUAUUUAUAUGAGUAUUAAUGGUUUAAUUAAAGUUAUAUUGCAUUCAUUGGUCUUUAUUUCAGGAAAUGCUGUCCUUCUGGGAUGUGGCCAUUGAUUUCUCCCCAGAAGAGAAAGAAUGCCUGGAGCCUGCUCAGUGGAAUUUGUACAGGGAUGUGAUGUUGGAGAAUUACAGCAACCUUGUGUUCCUGGGUCUUGCUGGCUCUAAGCCACAUCUGGUGACAUUUCUGGAGCAAAGUCAAGGGCUGACGGGUGUGAAGAGACAAAGAGCAGCCCCUGUACAUUCAGGAAUAAUACCCAGUGAUCAUAACUAUCACAUCGAGGCCAUUGAUUAUGAAUCACUCCUUGUUCAGUGCCAAAGAAUUAAUACAGGGAAGAAACCCUACAAGUGUGAAGAAUGUGGCAAACACCUCAGUUCUCGUAGGACACUUUCUAUACACCAGAGACUUCAUACUGGAGAAAAACCCUAUGAAUGUAAAGAAUGUCACAAGGCCUUUAGCUCUAGCUCAUCACUGUUUAUACACGAGAAAAAUCAUACUGAUGAAAAGACCUACAAGUGUGAAGAAUGUGGCAGAAUGUUUUACUAUCCUUCAAUGCUGAAGCAACAUCUAAGAAGUCAUUCUGGAGAAAAACCCCACAAAUGUGAAGAAUGUGGAGAAUCCUUUUGUGAUCCCUCAUUCCUUAAGCAACAUCAAAGAAUUCACUGUGCAGAAAAUCCCUACAACAAUGAAGAAUGUGGAAAAACAUUAUCCUGUUCUCCACACCUGCAGGAACAUCAAAUUCAUACAGUAAGGAAACCACACAAGUGUGAAGAAUGUCAUAAAGCCUUUCGUUUUUACUCUGGCCUUAGAGCACACAAGGUAGUUCAUACUGGAGAGAAACCCUACCAGUGUAAAGAAUGUCAUAAAGCCUUUCGUUAUUACUCAGCCCUUAAAAUACACAAGACAGUUCAUUCUGGAGAGAAGCCCUACAAGUGUGAAGAGUGUGCCAUGGGCUUUUGUUUACCAUCGUGGCUUAGGAGACAUCAAAAGAUUCACUCUGAAGACAAUUCCUACAAGUGUGAAAAAUGUUACAGAAGGUUUUCCUGUUCUGCAAGCCUUCAGGAACAUCAAACAAUUCAUACUGGAGAGAAACCCCACGGUUGUGACAAAUGUCGCAAAACCUUUCGUUAUCACUCGUCUCUUAAGAGACAUAAGAUAGUUCAUAGCAGAGAGAAAUUCUACAAGUGUGAAGAGUGUGGCAAGUCUUUCUGCUCAUCUAAAUACCUUAGAAGACAUGAAAAAAUUCACUCUAGAGUCAAGCCACACAAGUGUGGGAAAUGUGGCAAAGCCUUUGUUAAGGGUUGUAGCCUUAGUCGACACAUGACAGUCCAUACUGGAGAAAAAUGCUUUCUUGACUGUUGCAGGGCACUGUGGUUCACUUUCCUGGGUCCUUUCUGCAGCUGCAGCUGGGAUGCCUUCCCUGUCCCCUGCACCGGAGGUUCAGCUGAAAUGCUGUCCUUCUGGGAUGUGGCCAUUGAUUUCUCCCCAGAAGAGAAAGAAUGCCUGGAGCCUGCUCAGUGGAAUUUGUACAGGGAUGUGAUGUUGGAGAAUUACAGCAACCUUGUGUUCCUGGGUCUUGCUGGCUCUAAGCCACAUCUGGUGACAUUUCUGGAGCAAAGUCAAGGGCUGACGGGUGUGAAGAGACAAAGAGCAGCCCCUGUGCAUUCAGGAACAAUACUCAUUGAUCAUAAUUAUCACAUGACGGCCAUUGAUUAUAAAUCACUCCUUGUUCAGCACAAAGGAAUUAAUGCAGGGAAGAAACCCUACAAGUGUGAAGAAUGUGGAAAGCACCUCAGUUCUCGUAGAACACUUUCCAUACACCAGAAACUUCAUACUGGAGAAAAACCCUAUGAAUGUAAAGAAUGUCACAAGGCCUUUAGCACUCGCUCAUCACUUUGUACACAUGCAAAAAAUCAUACUGAUGAAAAAACCUACAGGUGUAAACAAUGUGGUAGAUCAUUUUAUUAUCUUUCAGUGCUGAAGAAACAUGAAAGAAUUCAUUCUGGAGAGAAACCCUACAAGUGUGAAGAAUGUGGCAAACACCUCAGUUCUCGUAGGACACUUUCUAUACACCAGAGACUUCAUACUGGAGAAAAACCCUAUGAAUGUAAAGAAUGUCACAAGGCCUUUAGCUCUAGCUCAUCACUGUUUAUACACGAGAAAAAUCAUACUGAUGAAAAGACCUACAAGUGUGAAGAAUGUGGCAGAAUGUUUUACUAUCCUUCAAUGCUGAAGCAACAUCUAAGAAGUCAUUCUGGAGAAAAACCCCACAAAUGUGAAGAAUGUGGAGAAUCCUUUUGUGAUCCCUCAUUCCUUAAGCAACAUCAAAGAAUUCACUGUGCAGAAAAUCCCUACAACAAUGAAGAAUGUGGAAAAACAUUAUCCUGUUCUCCACACCUGCAGGAACAUCAAAUUCAUACAGUAAGGAAACCACACAAGUGUGAAGAAUGUCAUAAAGCCUUUCGUUUUUACUCUGGCCUUAGAGCACACAAGGUAGUUCAUACUGGAGAGAAACCCUACCAGUGUAAAGAAUGUCAUAAAGCCUUUCGUUAUUACUCAGCUCUUAAAAUACACAAGACAGUUCAUUCUGGAGAGAAGCCCUACAAGUGUGAAGAGUGCGCCAUGGGCUUUUGCUUACCAUCGUGGCUUAGGAGACAUCAAAAGAUUCACUCUGAAGACAAUUCCUACAAGUGUGAAAAAUGUUACAGAAGGUUUUCCUGUUCUGCAAGCCUUCAGGAACAUCAAACAAUUCAUACUGGAGAGAAACCCCACGGUUGUGACAAAUGUCGCAAAACCUUUCGUUAUCACUCGUCUCUUAAGAGACAUAAGAUAGUUCAUAGUAGAGAGAAAUUCUACAAGUGUGAAGAGUGUGGCAAGUCUUUCUGCUCAUCUAAAUACCUUAGAAGACAUGAAAAAAUUCACUCUAGAGUCAAGCCACACAAGUGUGGGAAAUGUGGCAAAGCCUUUGUUAAGGGUUGUAGCCUUAGUCGACACAUGACAGUCCAUACUGGAGAAAAAUGCUAAAAGUUUACUCUUGUUUAGCCCUUAAAAGACAUCAGAUGAUUCAUUCUGAAUACAAACUCCAUUAGUGUGUGCUAACAAUUCAAACCUUCUCCAACUCAUAUGAAUCCACAGAGUCGACCACUGUGCCCUCACCACCAGUGUGUUUAAUCAGUGUGUUUGAAUUUGGCUUUGACUGAUGGGUUUCUUUUCUCUGGAACUAUAAAUGUUUCCUGAAAUGGUUAUCAUGUUGUAACUUGGUCCUUUGAGCGCCCUGAAUCUGAGAUCUGGGUUGUGGUGUAGGUACUUUUCUUUUCCCUGUUAUGUCACCCAACCCUGUCGUAUCAUUGCCUCUGAGUAUAUAAGAAGCUCCCUAAACUCACGUGUGUCACCAGAUUGACUUUAGUAAAAUGGUCUACAUGGUCUCUAACCUGGUUGAGUAGGCAUUAGUGUUUUUCUACCAGGAAGAGCUAACAACAUAUUGUCAGUCAUCCUUGGUUUAGAAUAAAGAAUCUCUUACUCUCUUUA